UCGGCGAGUCUACCAGCGGUAAAGCACCAAAACUCGUCGCCAAACUUGUACCCGGACCGUCAGCCCAAUUGGACGCGCUGGGAAACCGGGCGAGUACGGCGGCCAGCGAGAUAUCGAGAGCCCAUCAAUUGGCCGUGGAACGUGGCGAAAAGCUCAGCAAUUUGGAGGACCGCACCGCCAGGAUGAUGAACGAAGCCGAACAGUUUUCCUCCAACGCCCGAGAGCUGAUGAUGAAGAACAGGGACAAACGAUGGUAUCAACUGUAGACCGGCCGAUUUCAUUUUKUUUCUCUCUCUCUCUUCCUCAGUAUAUGUAUUCUCUCCACGUCCUUUCUCUAUCUAUAUCUUCUGUUCUCUCUACAUAUGCCUCUAUCUUACACAAAUAUACACACAACGUGUAAAAAAAGUCACCCAAACAAAAAAAUCGUACUUAAGGAUCUUCCAAGCAAAAAUUUCUCUGUUAACAGAUUUCUCUUUAAAAAUAUAAAUACAAUUUCGCUAAAUAUUCAUAAAAUAUUGUUGACAUCUAAGUAAACGUAAUUAUAGACAGUGAUUUAAUAUUAACGUGGUUGAACAUAGUCUAAUAUAGGUACUGCCUAUAUAUAUAUAUAUAGGUAGUAAUGUAGUAUGUACAUAAAUAAAUGUAUAUUAUUAUAUUACACGAUUCAU